AUGAAGAAUUCAAAAAGAUUAUUCAUUUAUCAGCAAUUUCAGCCUGAAACUUCUGUGAAGAAGUAAAAGAAUAAAAUAUCUGUAUUAAAAAAUUAGAGAAUAAAGGUUUUGAUACUGUCAUAUUUGUGUUUCUCAAUUGUUUAUGAAGGUUUAUUUGAUCAUUAUUAUAGAGUGAUAUCUACCUUUUGUAUUAUUUCCUUAAAGUAUUAAAGUAGAAUUGAAUAAAUAGGAAUUAUAACAAAUCUUAAAUGAAAACGCAAAGACAAAACAAGAAUAGAACGUAAUUAACUAAACCCUUUAAACAAUAUGAUAUUGCUGCUUUAAUGUCUAUUAUAGGGUUUUCUUGUGAUUUAGGUGAUGCAACUAUAAUAAAUAAAUACGGG